UUCUAUAUAUUUUUGUUUCUUUAUGAUCAUUGAUCAUACACAUUCUAUAAUGUUUUAUUGCUCGCAAAGCACGUGGUACGAAUAACCAUGGUUAUGUCGACAGAUUAUUUAGAAGAAUUAGAUGAUACAGAAAAAGAUGUAUCAGAAUCUCAUUCGAAACUUCUUGAAGCUGUGUCACAGCUUGAUAAAGGUCAAAGAGUGAAAAAGGCAGAACGAAGCGAACCUACAUUGGAAGUAUCAGAGUUUCAUCUGGUAAAAAGUGGAAUAUGUGAUCGAGAUGCAGUUCAUGUACAUGAUUUAGCCAAAACAUUGGGACAGAAAAGUCAUCAUCAUGAAAUUACUAAAAAUUUACAAGCUAUAAAAAGAAAGAUUCAAGUUUUACCAAAACCUUUGGAGAAACCAGCAGCAGAUAGAAUAAAGAGAAUAGUUGGCUUUAAAAACACGAAACAAGAAUUAAAAAAAUGGAAUGCUAUAAUAACAAAAAACAGAACAGCAGAAUCACUUCAUUUUCCAUUGAAACAGUCAUCCAUAAAAUUGGAUUCAUCUACAGAAUUUGUUAAAAGAUUUAGACUUCAAUCAGAUUUAGAGAAAGAACUUGCUGCACUAGAGCCACAGAAAGAUAAUAUUGAAGAAAAGAGCGACGAAUUCUCUUUAACAUUGAAGGAAAUUAUUAUGAAAAGAAAAGAAGCUGCCAGAAUCAGAGCACAGCAGUCUUAUAGAGAAGCAAAGGCUCAUCGUCAAAAUAAAAUUAAAAGUAAAAAAUUUCAUCGUGUUCAAAGAAAAGAGAAAAUAAAAUUGCAAUUGAAAGAGUUUGAGGAAUUACAAAAAACUAAUCCAGAAGCUGCAUUGGAGAAACUUGACCAAUUAGAUAAGACCAGAGCUGAAGAGCGAAUGACAUUAAGGCAUAAAAAUACAGGAAGAUGGGCCAAAUCUAAACAAAUUAGAGCAAAAUAUGAUAAAGAAACUCGAAAAGAACUUGCACAACAAUUAUCAGUUGGACGAGAAUUAACUCAGAAAUUUAAAAAAUCGAAUGAUAGUGAAGAAGAAGAUGUAGGCGAUGAUACGCCUAUGCAGUUUUUAACUAGUGAUAAAGAAAAUCCUUGGAUAGGGAAUGUCAAAACUGAAUCAGAAAUUGACCAAUUUGUCAAAAGUUAUCGUAAAUAUUGGGAUGAUCAAAAUAAAAAGUUAGAAGGCCAAAAUAUAAAUUCUAAAAUUACAACUGAAAAUAAAAAAAUAAAUAAUCCAUUAAAGGAUACGCAACCUAGUAUUUUAAAUGGUACAGAUGCUCAUGUUAAUACAAACUCUUUUGAAAUCCAAAAUAAUGAAAAAAUACAAGAAGCUAAAAAUUUGAACAAGCCUACAAUUUCAUUAAUGGAUUCUAGUUCAAGAGAUAAUAAUACUACAAAUAAUAGGCAACCUCUUGAAACUAAGAGUCGCAAGGAAUAUUUGACAAAAGUUAAUGUUAAAAAUGUAAAGAAUAAGUCCAUAAAUAACAUUACAGCUACUUCCAGUUGGAAGGUAGAAUCCAUAGAAAAUAUUAAUACAGAAAAUUUCAAAAAUUCUAAUGUAUCAAAUAGCGAAAAAAUAAAUAAACUAUUUGAUUUUAUGGAAGAAAAGAUUCAAGAUCAAAUUAAAUUUAAACUUGAACGUAUUACCCAGAACUACGAAGAAAUAAAAACUAACAAAAAAAGAAAGUCUAAAAACAUUAAAUUUAAAGAUGAUAAUUUUGAUGGCCUUGAAAUUCAAGCGAAAAAACAAAAGCCUAUUUUAGAUUUAAGUUUAAAUGAAAGUGCCUGCAAAAAUAAUUUGGAAGUGAAUACCGAAUUAGAAAAAAUUAAACAAAUAAAGCAACAUAACACUUCAUUUGUAGAUAAUAGAUCAAAUGCUAAGGUGGAAAUAGAUCCAAAUAAAUAUAUAAACAUAAAACCUAAGCAUUUAAAUACAGAUCUUCCGAUUGAUAUCACUGGCGGUGAUGAUGUAUUAGAUGACAGUGAAGAUGAGGAGAAAAGGCGUAAUGUAGUAAGCGAAGCAUUUGCAGAUGAUGAUGUCGUAGAAGAAUUUAGAAAAGAAAAAGAGGAAGAGGUGAAAAAGGCUCAACCUAAGGAUAUCGAUUUAACUUUACCUGGAUGGGGUAAUUGGGGUGGAAAAAAUAUUAAAGUUUCAAAACGUAAGAAAAGACGUUUUAUUUUAAAGAUGCCUAAAGAUUUACCCCGAAGAGACGAAAAUAAGGGUGACGUAAUAAUAUUCGAAGAAGAUAAUCCCAAAAUAAAGGAACAUCAGGUUAACGAGCUGCCAUAUCCAUUUUCAAGCGUUAAAGAUUAUGAAGCCAGCAUUAGAAUGCCAAUUGGAAGAAAUUUUGUAUCUGAAAAUUCUCAUAGAAAAUUAAUUGAACCCUCUGUUAAAACACAUAUGGGGAAGGUUAUUGAACCAAUGAAUGAAGACAUUUUGGUUAAAAAAAAUGAUAAAGAAAAUCGAAAAUUUAUUCCCAAAAGAAUAAAUAAAAAGCAGAAGAUAAAGCGAAUAAAAACGAUAGAACGAAUAAAAACAAAUAAACAAGCAAUAAAAUAAAUUAGGAAAUG